CACCGCGAAGUGCUUGUUCGCCAGGCUCCUUCAGAUCAGAUGUUUUGUGUUAAGAAAAGAGCUAUGUAACAAUUGUGAAAUACAGUGUCGUGGUAAAAACAUUAAAUGUAUUUUAAACACCUUUUCAGAGCCGUUUAAGCUGUAAACAGCUUCUAGCGACCUUUGAGGAUGUCGACAAAGAAACUCGCCAGAGAACUUGGGAUAAUACGGAAGCGUAGACAGAGUAAAGAGUCUGGCCAAACAAAACGACCUGGAUCAAAACAACACUUCUCCUACCUGAUAAUAAUCGACUUUGAGUCUACUUGCUGGAGAGAGAAGAACAAUUAUGGACAAGAAAUAAUUGAAUUCCCAGCAGUUUUACUGAAUACUUCAACUGGUGAUGUAGAGUCUGAGUUCCACACGUAUGUGCAACCGCAAGAGCACCCAGUUCUCUCUGAAUUCUGCACUGAACUCACAGGAAUCACUCAGGCCCAGGUGGAGGCUGGUGUUCCCCUGGGCAUCUGCCUGUCCCGCUUCAGCCGCUGGCUGCAGGCCCUGCAGCAGGAGAGGGGGGUGGCCUUCCUCAGGGGGGGCAAAGCGCCACUAGCCACCGGCAGCCCCUGCGCCUUCGUCACCUGGUCAGACUGGGAUCUGGGAGUGUGUCUUCUGUAUGAGUGCAAAAGGAAGCAGAUCUGCAAACCAGAGGCUCUCAACAGCUGGAUUGACCUGCGGGCGACCUACAAGUUAUUCUACAGCAGGAAACCCAAGGGGCUGAAUGGAGCACUGCAGGAUCUGGGAAUAGAGUUUGACGGACGAGAACAUUCAGGUCUGGACGAUGCGCGCAACACUGCUCGCCUGGCGUGGCGGAUGAUCACUGACGGCUGUUUCAUGAAGAUCACCAAGUCUCUGGAUCGGGCACCGCUGAAGGCCAAGCCCUUGUUUCCAAACGGCUCCGUCCAGAAGGCUUCCAGUGACCAACAACAAGGGCCUGCAAGUAACAUGGAGACAACAGACGGAGCGCCAGAGACUCUUACCGAGGGCAAAAUCCCACAAUCUACUGCCAAGCCUUCCCCUGACACCACCACCACGAUUGCACACACCAGUCAUAAAACUGCAAUCACCAACUACCCACUGAACAACAAUAACACCACCACCAUGACCUACCCACUGAACACCAACGGCACCAACCAUUCAUCUACCAUCAGCGUCAUCACCAAUCUGCCUACCUCCACGACCAGCACCAAUAGCUAUCGACUACCAACCACCACACACAAUCCACUGCUCACAAACAACCGCAACUACCCAAACAGCAUCAGCAGCAAUCUACUUACCACCACUAGCACCACCAAUAAUUCCUUGACGACCACAACCGCCACCAACAACAACUGCCAGUUUCAGAGCCUGGUGACACCCAAGACUGUUCUGAAUGGCUUAUCCAGUCGUCGUCGCCAUCUGUACGGCGCCAGCGGUGGUCUGAUUGGAUCUUUGACAAGACAAUACUCUGCCAUUGGUAGCAAUAGAGGCAGGGGCCACAGCAGCCAUCCAUUUGUGCACACCAACACCACCAGCAGCCCUUCACCUCGUAGUGGAACCACCACUCCAGCAGGACUGGUUCUGGUGUCCACCGCCCUGGGCUCGCACACCGACCUGCAGCCCAAGCAGUUGAACUUUGACCUGGAGGCCUCGUCCUCAUCCUGCGUGGCAGACUGGACGGAUGGAGUGCUGCUGCCCGAGAUCGAGGAGUCUGGUUCCUAUGACGACGUGGUGCUAGAGGAGGAGUGUGACGCUGAUUACGCCAGCAGUAGCUAUGGCAACAACCACAGUAGCUAUGGCAAUGGCAGCAGUAGCUACGGAAGCAACAGUUGGCAGGUGACGGCCGGUCGCAGUGUUUCGUGGAGCGUGCCGGGAAGGAUCAUGCCAUCGUCACGCGUGUAUUCCGCCUGUGUGACUCCGACUCCCGAGAUCCCAAAAGUCACGCCGGUGUCUAUCACAAGCUCAAAAUGGGUCACUGCUAGCGUGCACACGACAUCCACCGUGAAUCAGCCGCAAGCAGCAAGUGACGACGCCUGCUUCAAAAGGCCAAGGCCUGUCUCCGCUCCUUCUGGUGGUGUUAAGAAUAGACCACUGUUGCGCCCAUUUAUUCACACAGCUACCACUACAAGUCCUGUAGUGUCCUCCAUCCCUGUGCCUGCCACUCCCAGUUGUUCCUCUCUCUCUAAAACUACAACUCCCAGCAGUCUUUGCACAACUUCCUCUGGGCAGAUGGCUCCCUGCAUCUCCACCGCCGCAACCAACAUUAGCAGUGUUUCUGCCACCAAGGGCAGCCUUCGCCAAACAGCGUCUGAUAUUUCAGCAUCAAACCUUUCACGUCGUAGUAUUGCCACGUCAUGCAGUGCCGUCAUAACGAAUUGCUCAGUGAGUACAAUUGCUGCCGUCUCGGCCUCCAACCACUCACGUGAUGGCUCUGCAAAUUCCAGCCUCCAUUCUGUCAAAACAAGUUAUACACUGAGUACUUCUGGCAUCUCGACAUCAAACCACUCACUUCAUUCAACUUCCAGCAGCUCCACCACCACAAAGUAUCCUUGUACAACUUCCGGCAACCCACUGCUGCAACAACAAAGUUUACUUCAACAAAACAAAUCCUUCCACGGCCCUAAUGUACAACAACAACAGCAGCAUGCCUUGGAACUAAAAGCUCCCACCACCACAGGUCGCACCUUUAGCAUAUUCCAGGACGUCGAAGCGCACCUCUCCUCCACCACUUCCUCCAAGCGGUCAUCAACUGGUGGUGGUGGUGUUGUUGUCUCCCCCUUCUCCACCCCUGCCACAGUCCUCUCCUCCAGGGUCAACAACCAAUCGCAGCGAGGAGGUGGCGGUGCAGGUCUGAACCAAUCACGAGCAGGAACGGGGCCGGGGCCAGGGCCAGCAGGGAAGGUGACGUCGCCGCUGUGUGGCUGCGGCAGGCGUGCAAAGCGGAUGACUGUGGGCAACGGCGGCCCGAACCACGGUCGCGCGUUCUACUGCUGCCCCGUGCGGCGGUCGUCGGGCCCUGUUGAUGGCAGCAACAACAAGAAGGGCAAAAGGGACGGGUGUGGCUUUUUCAAGUGGGAGUCCGCACUUUUGGUGUCUGUGACCCCUGGUUUGAGGAGGAAGACGCCUUUCUCGGGUGUUGCUGGUGAUAGAACGCCACAUUUUCUGUCUGGAAAGCUUCUUCGAUAACUAGUGAUAAAUAUCAUCAGUGUCAUCAUCAUUUUACCUGUACGGCAAGACUGGCUUCGAUGUCAGAGAACAGAAUGCUGUGGCGUUUCACAAGUAGAAAUUCAUGCUUUUUGGUGUCCUUGACUCCUGGUGGGGGAUUUGGGUGCUGCGGGCAGUGAUGGGAAAAAUGUAUUCAUACAACAGUUCAUAUUCCAUAUGGCCUUGUUUUACUUGUCCAAUUCAACCUGGUGAUCAUCGAACCAGACAAUCACCUGGUUGAAUUGGACUGCUAAAGCCAAGGCAUUUGGAAUAUGUGGCAAUUGUUUGUAAAACUAAUAAAUCCA